CUUAUGUUAUGCAACUAGACUGUUUCAUUUCCCAUUUUAAUUUAAUAAGCAUAUAGAGUUUGAACAAUUAAGCAUUUCUUAUUUACUGAAUGGCUCUGGUCACUGACAAUAAGAUUUCUAGGAAGAGACAAUGCAGACUACUUCCUUCAUCCAGUUAUCAAGGAGCACGAAAUGUCACCAAAGGCUAAACAAGUGCUGAAAAGGGUAAAAGUAACUGCCAAUGCAGAAGAACUUUGGAGGAUUCUGAGGGAGAUUUCUGAGCAGAAACUGGAAAAUCUGUAUAACAAAAUGCCAGGGGCAGUUAAUGUGCCUGAUUCAGAAAUAUUACCUUGCCAUCAGUUUCAGAAACAGCUUCACCACUUUCAAAACAGUCUAGCACUGAUGUACCGUGCAUCGCAAACAAAUGAAAACAAGACAGCCCUAAUAAUUGCUAAUAACCCUCUCCCAGAUCUUUAUGAUUGGGAAGUGAAAAGCAGUCCUAUGCGUUAUGUCCCUGAAGAGUUACAGGGAAAGAAACCAAACACACUAAAAGGAAUGGAUAAUAGUUAUAUUCUGCCACAUCUAGAUCCCUAUAAGACGCAGUUACCUGGGAUAAUCAAGAAUUUCUACAAAUUAAAUAAAGCAAAGAAUGGCAUACGACAUUUGAAAUUCAGGUUUGCAACAGAAGAUAGUUUGGAAAAUGAUUGUCUAUUUCCCGAGCUGUGCACAGACAAUAAAGAAAAACAACAGCUUUCUGUGAUUCGAGUUCCAAAGAUUUCUCCUCAGCAAGGCAAACUUACAACUCAAUAUGGCUCAAACCAUGGAUCUUCUGUUGAAGUGAAUAUAGUUAGAAAAGGAGCAAUUUGUGAACCUUUAACAUUGUCUGCACUUAUGGAAACAAAGUCUACAUUAACGGCACCUGGAGAGGGAAACUAUAAGUAUGGAAAAACACCCAUGUGGACUCCCAAGUCUAUCAGAAAACAAGAUUUCUGAGAGAAACUUUGUCAAGACUACUUUUCAUCAGAUACAUAUGAUAUUAUUUUAUUCACCUUUUUUGCCUCUGAGCAAUUCUAACCCAAGUCCUAAUUCUAUUGUUGACCGUGCACAAAGUGUUUAAGUCUGUACAUGACCUUAUCCUCAGCAUGAACCUUGACAUUUACAACUAUGAACGCAGAGUCUGCAUGCUGUCUUUAAGGUAUAACCAUCUAGCUUACAGAUGUUAACUCUUGAUAAAAUGUGUAAGAAGUAAUUCCUCUAAUUGCUGGUCUUGUUUGUAAUCUAUAUCACUAGAGGUGAGGAUGUCAGACCUUUAACAUAUAAAUUGUGUAAUUAUAGGCACCAUGGUCAUCUAUUUAGUCAUCAUGCUGUCAUGCAGAACAUUUUCUUGAACAUUUAUGAUCUUGGAUGAAGAGCAUAAAACAUCUCUGGAAUGUCAAGUUGAUUGAUAGCUGAUUCAUUUUUGUUUCAGUCAGAAAUUAAAUGUGUGAAAAUCCAAAAAAGCAUUUCUCCUUCUUGAGCCUUACAUGUGAUGUAUAUGAAACAUGAUACACUCUUUGACUAUUGCUUGUGCGGUAUAAUUUUUACAAGAUUCUGAUUCACUUUUGUUGUUUUUGUACUUUAUACAGUUUGAUGCUUUUUAUGAGUUUGACAUACAGUUCUGUGAAUCUUGAUUAAGCCAUUCCUUAUGUCAUUCAAUAUACUGAAUACUGUAAGACUUUUCUUUCAUAAAGCACUGAUAAUGCAAUUAAUUGCAGUAUAAGGAGUAGUGAUGCCAAUAAAGGGAAACUUGGUAUGUCCUGUUUAGCCUUGCUGCUUCCAUGAAAAGAAAUACAAGUGAAGCGUUAUGAUUUAUACAUUUCACUUUUUCUAGCAAAACGUAUGAGAACCCAUAAUUUUCAUGACAGAACAGAACUCAUAAAUAUGGACCCACGUAUAUAUGGUUUCAACAGUGUUUUUACAUAUUAUUUAAGUUUUAUAUGCCAAAGAGGAAAUUGGAUGUUUAAUUAGAAAUAGGGACUUCCAGUAUGGGGUUAUUUCCUUUUGGUCUUCUGUUUGCUAUAGGAAAUUCUGUAUGCCAGACCAUUGAUAUUUUGAUGCAUUCAAAUGUGGUCAUAUUCUGUCUUCUUAGACAGUCAAUUAUUUUCAAGUUUUCCUUUCAAAUACGAAGGCAACAGAAGCAGGAAAGCAUGAAAAUCAACCAAUAAUCACAAACAUGGUCCACCCCAUGUUUGACAAGGACAAAAAUGCACAAUGUUUUAUUGUUUUUUUAAUGUUGUCAAACUUUUAACACUUGUCAACUGUGUUUGUGGUUAUUAUUUUUGUUUUUCUUACUAAUUGCACACUCCUUUGCAAGUGCUUUAAGUGAAUUUAAUAUUCAUGAGAGUUGUUGCUAUUUAUUACAUAUCAGUUUCUGGUGGUGUCUAACUAAGGCAAAGGGAAUGCUAGUGUCUUUCCAGUCACCAGUCCAAAAGAUAAAGCACAAGCAGAGACAUUGGGGAUUGUGAAUGCUAAUAACAAGCUGAUACCCCAACUGUUUCACUGAAGCUUCCAUUUUCUUUUAGUGAAAGAGUCCAUUUAUUGUUAUCCUAGGUACAGUAUAAUUUUUCAUUUUUCCUCAUAGAAAAUAAUGUUUCUGACUUUCACUCAGGUGAAAUCUCAUGUAAAACACGUGUAUGAGACCUAGGAGUUAAUAAUAUUUAAUUAUGGGGGAUAGAGAGUGGUCGAUAACUCCCAUAAUGCUCUAUUUGUGUGUUUCUUCAUAAGAUGUUAUUGAAUAAAUUUCAGAAAUACCGAUGUAUGUUUUGUUCAACUGUUCUGUAACUUGUCAGUUUGGUAUUUUGUGCAGUUGUCAUGCAAUUUUUCAGUUAGAUGAUUUCCUAUGGUUCAGAAG